GCGGCGCUACUUCCCGUUAGUGAGGCGGACUGUUUGGAGCUUACGAUUUCAUGUACUCUUAGUAGGGGCUUGGGUUGUUGCAGGUAUUGGGUUUGUUUUUGGCUGUUUCCUGGCCACUUAUCAAAUUGACAAUCCUCCCUGCGUUUUUCAAAUGGGUGAACGUAAGUCUGAUGGUCAAUGUGAGUCUAAGAGCUGUCGAAUCCAUUAUACCCGAGUAAGAAGAAAUCCUGGCAGUUAAAGAAAAUGCGGUUUCUACUGCUGAAUUUUCGGACGAAUUCUCUCGGAUAAAUGCUUCUGUUAUGCGUUCAACUCGCGGAAGGCCUAGACACAAUUCUUUUUCUAAAACUCAGGGAGGUGAGAAGACUCGAGAUGCUUCCAACAUAGUCCUCGGUCCUCAAAAACGUUCAUGGAACACUGGUUGUCAUGUCUCUCAACAGCCUCAAGGUCGUGAAACGUCAGAUGCAAACAAUUCUACUCGUUGGCCUAAAUUUAACUCAGAAAACCGAUCCUACGACAAGCAGCAUUGUAAAACGACUAGUGACUACAAAAGAGAGUAUCGGUCCAACGAUAUUCGUGGCUCCGGUCGAGGUCGUGAUCGCGGGCUGGGAAAACAUGCUGAAAGUGCUCCGUUUGUUAAAAACCACAACAGAGAAGACCGUUACAGUCAUGACCGUCGAAUUUCUUGUUCGCACAGCGAUGAUGAACCUGAGUGGUUUGCAGAAGGUCCUACCACGGUUAACGAAACGAUUGAACUUGGAGGAAUUUUAGAAGAAACCGUGGAAUGUGGCUCACUCAGAAAGUGUGUAGGAGUGGGAAAUGAUAUUUCGCAAGUUGAUGAUAGUAUAUUGACAAAUUCGAGCAUUAGUAAUAGAAACGUCUUUGAUGACAAAGCCUUGGAAGACGACAGCAAUGCAUUCCCUGAACAACCAAGCAAAUCCACAACGAGUGUCACGGAUCAGGUGAUGUCCGAUAAUCAAGGAAGCCGUUUCAAACACCUGUUUCAAAAGAAUGAGAUAUCAGAUGAAAAUAAGCUUCCGAACAAACCAGCUUCUUUAGACAAUAUCAACGAACAGUUACUUAGGUUGCUGAAAGGUCCGUGCGGAAAUUCUGCCAGUCAUCUCAGUCCUGAAAAGAACAGUGGUAUGGUAUCUACAAAUCCUAAUUCUUUUUCAACUCUUCAAGUUGAAAAUAAGCUUCGCUCUAUUCUACUUGGACAUGGCCCUGUUAAUCCCCCGAAUGUUGGGCCGGUCAAAGAAUCAAAACCAGCAGUACUAACUGUUGAAGAAAUUGAAGCUCAGCUUAAAUUACCUCAAGGAGAUUCAACUGAUAUAAACGAAUCAAUCGAUCCAAUCGUUGAUCCUCUUACUCAUUAUUCGGAUCCUUUCAUAGAUGAUCAAGCCAUUAAAUCUCGUGGCAUACCUAUUGGCUCAUCAAAAAACUGUGGCUUGUUUUCUCAGUCAGGAACGACUUCCAAUCUGGUGCCUAUUUUGCAAUCACUGAUGAUCAGGAAACAGCAAAACUCCGUCUACUCUCAGUCUACAAAUCCGCAGAAUUCACACUCACAUUUUGGACUGGUCUCAAAUUUUAUGGGAGAUGCCACGUCUGCAGGUCCAUGUAUUAGUCGAUUGCAAAACCCAGGUGUCCCCCUUGACGUACCUUGUGAUGUCGAUCUACCUUCGCAUGGUCCCCUUCGUCAAAUUUGGAAUGGCACGAGGGAUGUUGCUUCUCACACAAGCCCACAACUGCACCCCUUAGGUUUGUAUCCUGAUGCAUCUAGAUGUCAAACUAUUAAAACUCCGGACUCAGGAUUACCUGGAAGACCUAUAGUUAAGGCUCAACAAAAUAUUUUCGCUGAUUACAACUCAAAUAAACAGGCACCAAACUCUACUUUCAAUAAUAACCAAAGCCAUUUGUCUGUCAAUCCAUCAGUUCACCAAGGUAGGUAAUGCCGUUUCUGUGUGUGUAUGUAGUUGUGAAGGUUAGUUGUAUCUAAGAUUACUUAUCCUCUUACAUGUGAUACAAUCUUAAUGACUACAUUGUGAAAUGCAAUUUCCAUAUAAUUCAUAAUUGAUUCCUUUUUGUUGGAAGUUUGACUAAUUUGAACUGACAUUGCUCAUCUUGCGUUUCGUUCAUCUCAUUUAGUUUUACGAAAUGGCAAACUUUUCACUCGAAGCAUUAAACUAAGAUUGAUGCCUGAGUAAUUCUUAUCAUAAUGCCUAUUCAUAAUCAAAGCCAUACUACUUCCCGAACAUAAAUACUACAGUAGUAAGCUGUUUCCCACAAGCAUUAUGUUCUGUUCCGUUGUCAUUUGCUUUCUGUUCUUAGGAGCAAAAUUAUCAAUUAACAGUCAUCUCCAAAGUGUGUAGCUUCGUCAUCAGUAUUCUUUUAAAGUCUUAUCAUUUUGCUUCGUAUCUUGCAUCUAGCUUCAGCCCUGUUUACUCGGUGGUUCCAGCAUUCUUUAGCAAUGCUUCAUAGUUACUUUUAAUCAAGUAGUAACAACCGGAUAUUUGUUUUUUAAGGUCAGUUUUCACAGCCGUAAGGCUAAGAUGAAACCAGUUGCUGUUCGGCUUACUCGUUUUUGUUUUGCAAACAGACAUCUUACCUACACCACGGGUGACUCAUGCUGACAAAAGUCAAGCGGCCAGGUGGAUGAGAUUAUGUUCAUUUCCCAGACUCGCUGGUGUUUCAGUUUGUCGAAUUGGUUAACCUAAACUAUCCUAAAAGAGUUUAACGCAUCAUAACCCACUAAAAUCCCUCGCUUUAAAUUAACUUUAGUCCUGUCAACUGUAUUAAGAGUUGGGAGGAGCCUAUUUAAAUCUACCAUUUUCCAAUUAGGCCCUCAAUAUAAAUGAGUUGCAUAAUUAUUAUAACUUAGACCCAAGUUGUAAUUGACAAUUGCUUCAGCCAAGUAAUGUGACAUUUUGGAGAGUGUUGCAAACGACUCUAGAUUUUGGUGUUGGGAUCGAAAAUUUUUGUUAUUUCUAACUAAUGAAUUUUAACCCCUCUCAUCUGUGUAAAAUAAAUUGGUAGAUAUGUUAGUUUUCUACAUUAAACACAGUUACUACCAACGUCCUUGUAAAGUCUGUAGUACGAUUUCAACCUUGAACCGAAAAGUGAGUAGUCACUGUAAAGACAUGUCCAUACUCUGAUCUGAUCGUUUACAUAUUGCAUACAACGAACCUAGGUGAGUUAUACUGCGUUAAAGCAAAAUUAACUCUUGGUUUACUGCAGUUAAUUCAUGUUUUAUGAAUAUUUUUAACUUUUUGUAAUUAUUAUCUUCAGACUCUAGCCAUCGUCUGCUUGAUAUGAAUGUGAAGCAGUUCUACCUUGGCAGUAUUGAGCCCUCAAAUCUAAAUAAUUCUCAUGGAUCUUUACCGUGUUCAAAACAAAACUAUGGAAAUUUAUUGCCGUUCCAAAGCUCAAGCCCAGCACUAGCGUCAUCUAUUAAUUGGAAUAAGAAUUUCUCUGCUCAACACCAAACUAAGGUUAAUGAAUCUCUAACUAGUAAUGGAAGUUUGACUUUGUUAUCACAACUCGUUGAGUGGGAAAAAUCAAAACAACCACUUAGAUCUAAUCCAUCCUUUAAUUCAACGAAGGCGAAAACGCUAGAAGAAAUAGAACAAGCAGAGUCUUCAAGAACUAAUAUAUUCUUUUGAAUUUGCAAAACUCGUGUACCUAGAUUAGAGACUCCCAGAAAUUUCGUCGGGUUAAUUUCAUUCCUUACCAGAUCUUGUAAAUUUAUUUUCUAUAUAAGAUCUGCGUAGUUUUCGCCUGUGCGGAAACAGUGUACAUAAUUUAAUUUUCUUCACAAGAUUGCGAUAUACUUGUUUGCGUAACUAUUUAAUUCUGUCAAUACUUUUCUGUGAAUAUUUCCCUUUAUACUGGAAUUCCAGUAACAGAUCCCUUUUGGUUUCCUAAAAUUGCACUUCAGAUGUGCUCAGUUUAUUCUUAUUUUGUUGAAUAACCACAGUUUAUGCAUUUCUUUCUGACAGUUUCGUGUUUUGUCGUUACUGAAGUUCGAAAAUAAAAAAAUGUUUCUUGGAUACGUGUAUAUCUAAAAAAAACAUUUGUCUCAAUAAAUAAAAGUUAAGUCAGGAA